CCAAAUUUGAACCUGCAAAUCCCUAAAUCCCUAGUUUCGAUUCGUACGACUCUCUUCUCUCUGUUGUUCAAUUAUACUGGAAGGUUCGUGCGUCUCUCUCUCUCGCUUUCUCUCUCGACGUUUCUUCUCUUGAGUAGGUAGAAUGAAUUGGUUGCCUGAGGAGGACUUGAAAGGUUUCUUGGAUGAUUUCUUUGAUGAUUUCCUACCAGAAGACAUCGAUACCACCAACGGUGAGGGAGAUUGGGAUGCCAAAUUUCAAGACCUCGAGCCUCCUCCCAUGAAUAUGUUCCCGAGUUUGCCCUCCGAGUUAACCUCCUGUGCCAUUAGCAAUGGUGGCCGUGUGGGGACUCAGAAGACCGUACCUAUCUUGAAACAGUCCACUUCUUCUGGAGCCUUAUCCGGCAUAAAUAGCGCUCUCCACCAAUCUUCAUCACCUCCGGAUAUUAAAGUGUCAAAGCUAUUUCAGUCUUCAAGCCCAGUGUCAGUUCUUGAGAGCAGCGACGGUUCUUUCUCGCCCCAGAACUCCAGAUCUCAGAGAUUGACUUUCACUGUGAAAGGCAUGAGAAGCAAGCGCAAACGCCCCACAACACCGAGAUUUAGAUACCUGUACCCAUUUGAAUCCAGUAAGCCUGAAAAGUUAACUCCGGGCGAAUCAGAAUCUGAGACUUGCUAUUCUUUUGAGCGACAUGCCAAGAAGAAACGCAAGAUUCUCCCGACCAGCCACACAGUGUCUUCCAUUGCAGAGGCAAGUAACUCUGACGGGAUGGUCCGGAAAUGCACUCAUUGUGAGACAACCAAGACUCCGCAGUGGAGGGAAGGUCCCAAUGGACCAAAGACCCUCUGCAACGCUUGCGGGGUCCGGUUCAGAUCUGGCCGUCUAGUUCCAGAAUACAGACCAGCCUCAAGCCCCACCUUCAUCCCAUCUGUGCAUUCAAACUCACACAGGAAGAUCAUAGAGAUGAGGAGGACGGACCAGGGUCAGUUUGACACCAGCAUGGAGCUUAAUGACAAGAGGGAAGUGCAGUUUUGAUCUCUGAAACUGUGAUGAUCCGCAGAAAUGCGAACUCAGUGAAGGAAGAUGGUAUAAAAGUAGGGUUAGUGACUGUUUUAAAAUCUGAUGAAGAGAGUUUAGGGGUUUAGUUGUUAGGUCUAUUUCAUAGUGUUGUUUUAUUAUGUGUCUUAUGUGGUCUCCCAUUUUGCGAACAGUGUUUGCAGAAGCUGAUGUUUGGCUGACAUUUGAAGACGACUUAAAGCCAAUAUUUACUUUUUGUUUAGCCCGUUCACCGUUAUGUAAGGAUGGGCCGUUAAUUGCUGAUAUGCCAUUAAUG